GCAAAGAAAAAAAAGUCAGUGUAAACUGGAGUGGGAGGGUAGACAUCCAAUACUAUUAUCACACACAGUGCCUGGGUUGUCACAGACUAUAUUACAUAGGGACACAUUAGAGUGAUAACAAAAAGUCACAGAGGACAUCAAGCUGUGUCACUGAGCUCAGAGAGGACAGUUCUUUGCCUUGUGGCUGGAAGCUAUCUAACCCUGCACUCCUGUAGAAUAGGACAAAGUCCUGUACCUGCCACCUGAUUCAUUCACCAUCAUCACUCUGGGCUGUGACAGCCGGUGGACAACAUCAAAAGGACACUCUAUGACCCCUCUGCAUUCCUUUCCCCACUCAUUAAGCCGUUUUGGAAAUUAGCCAUACAACUAAAGGUACCGUCAACACAAACGACCAGCUAUGAGGUCCUAUAUGUCUGUCAUCCUGUUGUGGGUCACUCUUGGAUUAUCAAUGUCUGCCAAAAUUCUUGUUGUCCCGCCAAUUAUGUUUGAAAGCCAUCUGUAUAUAUUUAAAACUAUAGCCAUUGCUCUAAAAGAUAAGGGCCAUCAAACUGAUUUUCUUGCUUCUGAGGGAAGAGUCUUUCCAAAAUCAAGUCAAUACCAAAUUCAGCGAUACCCAGGGAUUUUUAACAGCACCACAUCAGAUGAUUUUUUACAGUCCAAAAUGAAGAAUAUUUUCUCUGGGAGGUUUACAGCAUUAGAACUGUUUGAUAUUCUUGACCACUAUUCCAAGAACUGUGAUAUGAUGGUGGGUAACACGUUACUGAUGGAACACCUGAAGAAGGAAAAGUAUGACUUGGUACUUGUAGAUCCCAAUGAGAUGUGUGGAUUUGUUAUAGCCAAUAUUCUGGAGGUGAAGUAUGCAGUUUUUUCUACUGGACUAUGGUACCCAGCUGAAGUUGGUGCCCCAGCACCUUUAUCUUAUGUUCCAGAGUUCAACUCUCUUCUUACAGACCGUAUGGACCUACUAGAUAGAAUUAGGAAUUCGGUUGUUUACCUUGUCUCUCGGUUUGGAGUAAAUUUCCUAGUCUUACCAAAAUAUGAAAAGAUAAUGAGAAAAUAUAAUGUUUUGCCUUCAAAAUCCAUGUAUGAAUUGGUCCAGGGAAGCUGUCUGUGGAUGCUUUGUACUGAUAUUGCUCUGGAAUUUCCAAGACCUACACUUCCAAAUGUCGUAUAUGUGGGAGGAAUUCUCACCAAGCCUGCCAGCUCAUUACCGCAGGAUCUUCAGACCUGGGUGGAUGGUGUAGAUGACAAUGGAUUUGUUCUAGUCUCUUUUGGAGCAGGGGUAAAAUAUUUGUCUGAAGAUAUUGCCCAAAAACUUGCAGGUGCACUAGCUAAAUUACAACAAAAAGUUAUUUGGAGGUUUUCUGGACCCAAGCCUAAGAAUCUAGGUAACAACACAAAGCUUGUAGAAUGGCUACCUCAAAAUGAUUUACUCGGUCAUCCAAAAAUCAAGACAUUUCUCAGUCAUGGAGGACUAAAUGGUAUUUUUGAAGCUAUAUACCAUGGAGUGACUGUAGUAGGAAUACCAUUGUUCGGGGACCAUUAUGAUACUAUGACCAGAGUACAAGCUAAAGGCAUGGGCAUCCUCCUGGAGUGGAAAAGAAUGACAGAGGAUAACCUGUAUAAAGCUCUUUCAGAUGUUAUUUAUAGCCGCAGUUAUCGAGAACAAGCCACAAAGCUAUCUAACAUUCACAAAGAUCAGCCUGGCCAUCCUGUCAGUAGAGCUACUUACUGGAUUGACUACAUUCUUCGACACAAUGGAGCAAAACAUCUCCGAGCUGCUACCUAUGACAUCUCUACUUAUCAGUACUUCUUGGUUGAUAUUGUGUUAGUUGCAGUUGUCAUUGCUGUUUUAGCCUGGUAUGCCUUUUCAAAAAUUGUAAAGUACAUGCGGAGGAGCAGAAGUGCAGAACACAGUGCUGCUAAUGGAGUCUACCAUAAUGGUUUAGCAAAUGGCAAGCACAAGAAAAAUGGGCACAUCAAGCAUAAGGAAAAAGUGAAGUGAACAAUGGGAUCCCAAUUUAUACAAUUUAAAGGAGCCACUGCACCAAGUCUAACUUUCUUUUCAUAAUACUGGAUUCUCCGCUGCAUCAUGGAAUAUAUCUGCGUUAAAGGCCUAAGCAGUAAGGAACUUAAGGCCAUUUAUUUCAACCCUUAUUUAUUAUAAUCCUUGUUCUUUAUUUACCCAGUUUAAACCUUUCUCUGCACUGAAAGACUUGAAGCGUAUCGCUAUUAACACUUCUAAAGUGCCUCUAAAAGUACCAUCAACAUUUCUUAACACAUUUCAGUCUUAUUUAUGGAAGAUCUCAGUAUAGCAUUUUUUUUGCAUCAAA